AUGAUAGAACUCGAAUUCAAGCAUUACCUCUACUUGGUGAUGUUGGCAGUGGCAGCAGGCGCAUUUGUCCUGAAACUGCUCAAAAAGUCUAAUGUCAAACAGGCUCCCAGUAGAGAGAUUCUGAACAAGGAUCGAAAGCCAGGCCAAUGGAUGCCAGAAAGUUACCAAUUCCCUAUCCCUCCUCCCUUCCUUAAUUGGGACAUUGAGAAAACUCGUCCACUUCCCUACAGAGCUUUCAAGCACAAGUAUACCAUCACCAUGGGAAUCAGAAACAUGGAAUUGGAUCUGUGGAUUGAGUUAGACAACGAAUGGCACAAGUAUCAUAAUGAUAAGGUGAUGCGGGCUCAAACUUUGGGCAAUGAUGUGUACGGAACAUACCCCGAAGCCCGCGCAGCAGCCUUUGAGCUUUUAGACGAAUUUUGGAACUAUCUUCCAGCGCGGUAUCCAAGCUUGUUCAAGCAGCUUCCUACCGGAAUGGAGAAUCUUGUCACUGGCGAGGUAUUCAAGUUCAAAAACUGCAACCCUGAUGAUAUCACCGAGGAUCCUAUGCUUAUGGCCGCUAAGAUGGUACAGGAUGAUUUGGCGAUCAUGAUCGAAGGCAGCGAUGGCAUUUAUUAUUUGAAAGCAGGUGCAAUUAUCUUGCCUGGAUUUUGGCGGUUCAAGGACAAAAAGGGCAUGCCACUCCAUGAGAUCCAUACCAGUGGAGAUGUUCCUAAAUACAACGAAAAACUUCAUUCAGGAAUGGCCAAGUUUUUUACACGUCUCACAUGCGACAAGCCUGUUGUUAGAAACAAUUACUUCAUCCAGACAGACGACGAAUUGGCAUGGUCGUCUUCCAUUGGUGACGAGAAGGAAGAUGUGGUAGGCUGGUACACCGCUGAUGCUGCGAAAUCCGCACAGCAAUUAUAUUUCCGAAGCGAAAGACAAAGUUUGCGUCGACUCCCCAAGACAGGCGCCAUUGUGUUCACCAUCCGUACGUACUUCUGCCCUAUCAGCGAGUUGUGCGAGGAGCCACACAUCCCACGCAGAUUGUUCAAUGCUGUAGAGAGUUGGUCGGAGGAUGUCAAGGAGUACCGUGGCUACUACAAGUUCAAGGAUGCACUUUUGCCAUACUUGAAGGAGAAGGCGGAAGAGCAGGAGAAACGGGGGAUUAUCGAGGAGAAAGAACCCAGUGUGUAUCCAUUCUAA